UUUCUCUGCAUGCCCACUCCAGGAAUCGCUGCCCAUCUGGAUGCGCUGGGCCCCCUUACCUCCCAUGUGCCCCUACUACCCUAUAUGUUCUACGUGGGGUUGUUCUUUGUCAACGUCCUGAUCCUGUAUUAUGCCUUCCUGAUGGAGUACAUCGUCCUUAAUGUGGGUUUGGUCUUCCUGCCUGAGGACAUGGACCAGGCACUGGUGGAUCUGGGGGUACUCUCAGAUCCAGGAUCUGGGCUCUAUGACACUGACAGUGAGCUGGAUGUCUUCGAUGGCUACCUGGAGUAGGGGGAUCCUGGGGCUGGGGUCCCCCAGUCAGAGCCUUCCAUCUUCCCUCAGGCCCUGCAGAGGAAACCUUCAAGCCUAUCACAGUUUGUGCUUCCUGGGCCAGUAUGCCUGGGACAGGCUGAUACUGUGGGGGACACAAGAGUUGCCACCGAUGCUGUCUUCCCUUCUUCAAGGGGACCCAGGACAAUGCCCUCCCUGGUCCUCAAAUCCUGUCUGCCUACCUUGAAAGUGCACCAUGAUGUAACUCCUCGGAUUAACGGGAUUGAAAAGUACUCAGGUUGGAAAGGCACACAGACUGGAAGAAUGGAAGGAAGAGCCACAGAAGGAGCCAGAUCACAGAUUCUUCCAAACAGAUGUUCCCUCAGUGACUGUCCAGCUGCAGUGUUGCACAAGAGGCCAUUGCCUUAGUCUAGUACCUUAAAUGACCUGGAUGCAUAUUUUUUAUGGAAAUCCAAGCUUUUUUCUUUUGGCAUUAUUUCUAGCAGCAGUACCUUGAAGGGUCAACUUUGGGGGAAAAAUGUAUUUAAGAUGGUUAGUAAUGAAGAAUAGUCUAUAUCAAUAUUUGUUGUCGGUAAAGCCUAAAGUAGUUGAAAUGCUUAGAAUUUUGUUGGACGUUAGUUCUAGAGAUGCUCUCAGGUGGGGACUUGAAAUCAAAAUAAUUAGGAGAAUAUUCCAGAGGUUUGAGUUGGGGGUUAUCCCUUUUGUUUUCAAUCUGCUUGUCUUCCAUUGGUUUCGCAGCUCUCUCAACUGUUCUUUGGAAGAGAACUGGAGGAACAUGUCCAGCGAAUGACUUAAUUAUCCAACCCAAAAUACUUUAAAAUGAUAGUAUUAUUUAAAUUCAGCUCCCAUAAACCUGUAAAAGCACUCUGUGGAAAGCUAUCUUCUUUUGAUUAAAAAAAAAAAGAUUGAAUCAA